UAAACUGUCCUAUUCAACUUAUGUACAUUUUGUAGUAUGCCAGUGCGCUGCACCGUAAUCCUGAUGGAGUAGGAUCAGCUAGCAGUAGAUUAAUUAGUACUUGAUGUACAGUAGUACCGACACGAAUCGGCUCAAAUGCUUAAUACACGUAGUGCAUGUCUGCAUACAUCCCGCUUAUCUCUAAAGUGCACCAAAUAACUAAGCUAUAUAUACGUGACCGGCCGCGAGCUUCUGGUAUACCAACCAAGAACCAACCCCCUUGAAAUACCUCGCGUUCCAUACACACGGCCGGGCCUCAUCUCUCAACAUUCCCUUUCAGCAGGCGAAACGCUCGUUCUAAUCUUUUCCCACCACUUUCCUAUCCUUCUUCCCGGCUUUGGCUUUCGAUCCUUUUCUUUUGCUCCAUCGACCACCACACUGUGUACGUUGUGUUCAUAAACAACAACGCGCCAUUCCGUCCAAUACAACGCCUAGCUACACCUGCUCUGCUUAGCUUCCUCACCGUUAAUUCGCCGCCCGCCGAUAAUUAGUCCCCACAUCGCAUCGAUCGAUACGUACUCAACGCACCGCGCGCCUCCUCCAAACACCCUUCGACAAGAACUACGUACGUUACGUUAAUUCCCUUGCUCGCGAACUAGCUCUAGAUCAAUGGGCACGGCGUCGUCGCGCCAUGGAGAUGACGGCACCGCCGGCCGCGCGGCGGCGCGCGAGCACACGAAGCGAUGCCGGGAGCGGCGCGGGCUCAUGAGAGAGGCCGCGCGGCAGCGGCGGCAGCUCGCGGCCUCGCACGCCGGGUACCUCCGGUCGCUCAGCCUCGUGGCGUCCACGCUCACCCGCUUCGCGGUCGGCGAGCCGCUCCCCGUGUCCGACCACACCCCGCCCGCCGUGCUCGUGCACCGCCCCGUCCCUGUCCCCUCCACGCCGCCGCCGCUCCUCCGCUCCAUCGAGGAGCAGCAGCCGGAGGAGGAGGCUCAGGAGGGUGUUGUUGGCGAGGCUCCGUUUGGUGGCGCCACUACUCGAAUGGAGGGCGCCGGCGCCGGCGGAGGAGUGCAGGAGCUGAGGAUGGAGGUGAGGCACCGGAGCCUCGCGGAGGUCGCGGCGGGACUGGAGGAGUACUUCGUCAAGGUCAGCGUCGCCGGCGACGCCGUGUCGAGCGUCCUCGAAACCAGCAACGCCGAAUUCAGGGGUGGGUCGAACAGCUUCUUGGGCGUGCUUUGCUGCCUGUCGGCGCCAUCGGUUGCGCACGACCGCAUCGACAGCAUGCACGGCGGCCGGCGGCAUAGCUCCACCUUGCAGCAGCUCGUGGCCUGGGAGAAGAAGCUGUACAAGGAGGUCAAGGCGAGGGAGCGGGUGCAGAUCCGUCACGACAAGAAGCUGACGGAGCUCCGGGACCAGGAGUACAGCCGGAAGAUCAACGUGGACAUCCAGAAGCUCAAGGCGGCGUGGGACAGGUCGAGGGCGCAGCUGACGACGGCGUCCCAGGCCGUGGACGCGACCGCCUCGGCCAUCUCCGACCUCCGCGACGCCCACCUGGCCCGCCAGGUCCUGGGGCUCUGCCACGCCACGCGCGACAUGUGGAAGGCGAUGCGGCAGCACCACGAGGCGCAGUGCCUGAUCGCGCAGCAGCUGCGCGGGCUGAGCAGCCGGACGUCCAUGGACGCGACCACGGAGAUCCACCACGAGGCCACGCGGGCGCUCGAGGCCGCCAUGUCGGCGUGGCACGCGGCCCUGUCCCACGUCGUCAAGCACCAGCGCGACUACGUGCAUGCGCUCCACGGCUGGCUCCAGCGGACGCUGACGCCGGUCAGCAGCGGCGGCGCCGAGGCGGCGGCCUCCCGCGUCCUCGCCGUGGAGCUCGCCGACUUCGUCGACCGGUGGAAGCAGGUGCUGGACCGCGUGCACUGCGCCGAGGUGCUCAAGUCAAUCAAGGGCUUCGCGGGAGCCGUCCGCGCGCUGUACGCGCACCAGAGCGACGAGCUCCGGGUGGCGCGCCGGGUGAGGCAGUACUCCCGCGAGCUCGACCGCAAGUCCCGGAUGCUGCGGCAGGUGGAGAGGAGCUACUACGACUCGUACGUGCCGUCGGGGAUCUCGCUGUGGAGGCCGCCGAUGUGGGGGGACGACCCGAGGCAGGUGCACAGCGCGCGCAACGAGGUGGCGCAGAGGAAGGAGGAGGUGGCCGCGUGCCGGAGGAUGCUGGAGGACGAGAUGAGGAGGCACGCCAAGGCCAUCGACGCCACGAGGUCCGCGGCGGUCACCGGCGUGCAGGGGAGGCUGCCGGCGGUGUUCCAGGCCAUGGCCGCGUUCUCGGCGUCGCUCGCGAAUGGGCUGGAGGCUGUGUGCAGACAGGACAACCGUGUGCAGUAGUCACCUAUCAUACUUUUUUUUUAGGGAUCACCUAGUAUCAUACUAGUAGUAUAUACUUCAAUUUUUGGAAAUAUUUCCGUUUACAUGCCCUUUCGACAUGUAAAUCAGUAAAAGAGAGACAAAUACGGCUGGUGAGUUGAGUUUUCUCACGACUAUUUUGACCCGGUUUUUAAAGACAGAAUCUGCAGUACAUAGAAAUGUUAGUGGCGCGAUGUUAAUGUUCUA